UAGAACAAAGCCGUAGAGGUAAGGACUACCAUCACAUUCCUCUCCCGCGCCCAGAGCGGACAGCGCAAAAGGCCACCUUUCCUUUUUCUUGCUCCGACGAGGCCGGCCGGAGCUUGGGACUGAUUGAUUGCGGAUCAUUAGGCAUUAGCGGGUCGACGGGCACCGAGUACCGACACGGUGGUCUGCCAGCCACUUCCAGGCGCCAGCCAGCAGCCUGCAGAGCAGAGAUGGCGUCGCCGGCACUGAGGCUGAGGCUGAGGCUGCUGCUGCUGCUCGCGGUGGCGGCCACAGCGACCGCCCGUGGCGCCGGCGCCGGCCGCGUCGAUCUUUGGCCAAUGCCGGCGUCGGUGGCCCGCGGCGCGCAGACGCUCCUCGUCAGCAAGGACCUCAAGCUGUCCACGGCCGGGAGCAGCUACGCCGACGGGAAGGGCAUCCUGAAGGAGGCUUUCCAGCGGAUGCUGGCCGUCGUGGAGCUGGACCACGCCAUCAACGGGACCUACUCCUCCCACGGCGCGCCCGUGCUCGCCGGCGUCCGCGUCGCCGUCCGUUCGCCCAACGACGAGCUCAACUUCGGGGUGGAUGAAUCGUACAAGCUGUCUGUGCCUGCCACCGGGAAUCCGCUCUAUGCCCAGAUCGAGGCUCAAACAGUUUAUGGAGCGCUUCAUGCCUUGGAGACAUUUAGUCAACUGUGCAACUUUGACUUCAAUGCAAACUUGAUUGAACUUCAAUCAGCUCCAUGGACUAUCCUGGACGCUCCCAGAUUCCCUUACCGAGGGCUCCUUAUUGAUACUUCAAGGCACUAUCUUCCUGUCCCAGUAAUAAAAAGUGUAAUUGAUUCAAUGACCUUCAGUAAGCUGAACGUUCUUCAUUGGCAUAUCGUGGAUGAGCAAUCAUUUCCUCUGCAAAUACCUUCCUACCCAAAAUUAUGGAAUGGUGCAUACUCUUAUUCAGAGAGAUAUACAUUUGAUGAUGCAAUCGACAUUGUACAGUAUGCUGAAAAACGAGGCGUGAAUGUCUUGGCGGAGAUUGAUGUACCUGGCCAUGCUCUUUCAUGGGGUGUUGGAUAUCCAUCAUUGUGGCCAUCAGCUACAUGCAAAGAACCGCUUGAUGUCAGCAAUGAGUUUACAUUUCAAGUGAUUAAUGGAAUUCUUUCAGAUUUCAGCAAGAUUUUUAAGUUCAAGUUUGUCCAUUUGGGGGGAGAUGAAGUAAACACAAGUUGCUGGAGUACCACACCACACAUUAAGUCAUGGCUGAUGCAACAUGGCAUGAAUGAAUCUGAUGCCUACAGAUAUUUUGUACUGCGAGCUCAAAAGAUAGCAAUAUCACACGGUUAUGACAUCAUUAAUUGGGAAGAGACAUUUAACAACUUUGGAGACAAGCUGGAUCGUAAAACUGUGGUGCAUAACUGGCUUGGAAGUGGAGUUGCUGAGAAAGUGGUUGCUGCUGGUUUGAGAUGCAUCGUAAGCAACCAGGAUAAGUGGUACCUAGAUCACUUGGAUGCUACAUGGGAAGGAUUUUACACGAAUGAACCACUGACAAAUAUCUAUAACCCGGAGCAGCAGAAAUUAGUACUUGGUGGUGAGGUAUGCAUGUGGGGUGAACACAUCGAUGCAUCAGACAUUCAGCAGACCAUUUGGCCACGUGCUGCAGCAGCUGCAGAGCGGUUAUGGACACCAAUUGAGAAGCUUGCGAAGGACACAAGAUCGGUCACUGCAAGAUUGGCACGCUUCAGGUGCUUGCUGAAUCAAAGAGGGGUUGCUGCUGCACCACUAGCUGGUUAUGGCCGCUCAGCACCAUCAGAACCAGGUUCCUGCCUAAGGCAGUAGAUAUUCAUAUCAGGCGCAUAUAUUAUUCAUAGAGGAGAAUAAAUAGAAUUCCAGGCAUCCAAUUUACUUCUCUGAGAAAUCAAAAAUAGCUCAGAUCAAUGUAAGGCGAACCCGCAGAAUGUCCUAUUUUCUAUAUAUCUGAUGCGGUGUAUUCAUUUGGAGAUAUCUGGCCCUGUUUUACUUUCAGUGUACGGUCAUGAAUAUCAAGAUUUGGUUCCAUACCACCAAUGAAA